UCAGCGGGCCUCCCUCGUCGGAGCCCCGGUCCAUCCAUCCAUCCAUCCCGACCCCGCCGUCAGCCAGCGACUCGCCCCCACCACAGGCGCCGAGAUUGGGCGAAUAGCGAGCAAAUACGUCCGCGUUUCUCUACCCGCUCCCCCGCCGACCUCCCCUCCUCACUCCCCGGCGCUGACAGCGGACAAGGCCGAGGUCGCAGCAGAGCAGGCCCGGCCGCCGAGGCUCGACCUGUCCGCCCCACCUCCGCAUCCCGGUGCACCUCACCCGCCGUCCAGAACCCGGCUCCCCGCAGAGCCGACGCUGGACAAGGUCGAGGGUAACAGAGAGAGCAGGGAGCCCCGCAUCACCACCACCACCACCACCUCCACCAUUACCACCACAACAACAACAGCUGCCAACAUGAACCAUCACCACCACACGCAGCAGCAGCAGCAGCAGCAGAAAGCCGGCGAGCAGCAGCUCAGUGAGCCGGAGGACAUGGAGAUGGAAGCUGGAGACACAGACGACCCUCCAAGAAUCCCGGCCAACCCAGUGAUCAACGGUAAUGUGGCCAUGGCAGAUGGACACAACAACACAGAGGAGGACAUGGAGGAUGACACCAGCUGGCGGUCGGAGGCCACCUUCCGGUUUGUUGUGGAGCGCUUCAGCCGCCUGAGCGAGUCGGUGCUCAGCCCGUCCUGCUUCGUCCGGAACCUUCCCUGGAAGAUCAUGGUGAUGCCGCGCUUCUACCCGGACCGGCCGCACCAGAAGAGCGUCGGCUUCUUCCUACAGUGCAACGCAGAGUCAGACUCCACGUCAUGGUCCUGCCACGCUCAGGCCAUGCUCAAGAUCAUCAACUACAAAGACGAUGAGAAGUCGUUCAGCCGCCGGAUCAGUCACCUGUUCUUCCACAAAGAGAACGACUGGGGCUUCUCCAACUUCAUGUCCUGGAGCGACGUGACUGAUCCAGAAAGGGGCUUCGUUGAUGACGACAAAGUCACAUUUGAAGUCUACGUCCAGGCGGACGCUCCACACGGUGUCGCCUGGGACUCGAAGAAACACACGGGCUACGUCGGACUCAAGAACCAGGGAGCCACCUGCUACAUGAACAGCCUGCUACAGACGCUCUUCUUCACUAACCAGCUACGACGGGCGGUGUACAUGAUGCCGACAGAAGGCGACGACUCAUCGAAGAGCGUCCCCCUGGCGCUGCAGAGGGUUUUCUACGAGCUGCAGCACAGCGACAAACCAGUCGGCACCAAGAAACUCACCAAGUCCUUCGGGUGGGAAACACUAGACAGCUUCAUGCAGCACGACGUUCAGGAGCUGUGCAGAGUGCUCCUGGACAACGUGGAGAACAAGAUGAAAGGCACAUGUGUGGAGGGAACCAUCCCCAAGCUCUUCAGAGGAAAGAUGGUGUCUUAUAUCCAGUGUAAACAUGUGGACUACCGGUCUGAGCGAAUAGAGGACUACUAUGACAUCCAGCUGAGCAUAAAAGGAAAGAAGAACAUCUUUGAGUCUUUCAAAGACUACGUGGCGACCGAGCAGUUAGACGGAGACAACAAAUACGACGCAGGAGAGCACGGCCUUCAGGAAGCUGAAAAGGGAGUGAAGUUCCUCACCUUCCCUCCCAUCCUUCACCUGCAGCUGAUGAGGUUCAUGUACGACCCCCAGACCGACCAAAACAUCAAGAUUAACGACCGGUUUGAGUUUCCCGAUCAGUUACCUCUGGACGAGUUCCUCCAGAAGCCGGACUCCAAGGACCCGGCCAACUACAUCCUCCACGCCGUGCUGGUGCACAGCGGCGAUAACCACGGCGGUCACUACGUCGUCUAUCUCAACCCCAAAGGAGACGGCAAAGUGAGUGUCAAGGAGCCAAUCUGGUGUAAGUUCGAUGAUGACGUGGUGUCUCGAUGCACCAAGGAGGAGGCCAUCGAACACAACUACGGUGGCCAUGAUGACGACCUCUCAGUCCGUCACUGCACCAACGCCUACAUGUUGGUUUACAUCCGGGAGUCCAAGCUCAGUGAGGUUCUGCAGCCGAUGACGGACGUGGACAUUCCCCAGCAGCUGGUGGAGCGUCUGCAGGAGGAGAAGAGGGUGGAGGCUCAGAAGAGGAAGGAGCGCCAAGAGGCUCACCUGUACAUGCAGGUCCAGAUGGUGACAGAGGACCAGUUCUGUGGUCAUCAGGGCAACGACAUGUACGACGAGGAGAAGGUGAAAUACACCGUCUUCAAGGUCCUGAAGAGCUCCACGCUGCAGGAGUUUGUCCAGAACUUGUCCCAGACCAUGGGCUUCCCACAGGACCAGAUGAGGCUGUGGCCCAUGCAGGCUCGCAGCAACGGAACCAAGCGACCCGCCAUGCUGGACUACGAGGCCGACUGCAACAAGUCGAUGAUUAACUUGAGUGACAACGAGAAUCCCUGGACAAUAUUUCUGGAGACGGUGGAUCCAGAGAUGGCCGCCAGCGGAGCCACAUUACCCAAGUUUGACAAAGACCAUGAUGUCAUGUUGUUUUUGAAGAUGUACGACCCCAAAACCAGAAGCUUAAAUUAUUGUGGACAUAUCUACACACCUAUAUCCUGCAAAAUAAGAGAUCUGCUGCCGGUCAUGUGUGAGAGAGCAGGCUUCCAGCAGGAAACUAACCUUAUCCUCUAUGAGGAAGUAAAGCCCAACCUAACGGAGCGGAUACAGGACUACGACGUCUCUCUGGACAAGGCCCUGGACGAGCUCAUGGACGGGGACAUCAUUGUCUUCCAGAAGGACGACCCAGAGAACGACAGCAGUGAGCUGCCCACGGCCAAGGACUACUUCCGGGACCUGUACCACCGGGUGGACGUGAUCUUCUGUGAUAAGACCAUCCACAACGACCCCGGCUUCGUGGUGACGCUGUCCAACAGGAUGAACUACUUUCAGGUGGCGAAGACGGUGGCUCAGAGGCUGAACACGGACCCGAUGCUGCUGCAGUUCUUCAAGUCCCAGGGGUACAGGGACGGUCCAGGGAAUCCUCUCAGACACAACUAUGAGGGAACGCUGCGGGAACUGCUGCAGUUCUUCAAGCCUCGGCAGCCCAAGAAGCUGUACUACCAGCAGUUAAAGAUGAAGAUAACAGACUUUGAGAACAGGAGGAGUUUUAAAUCCAUAUGGCUCAACAGUCAGUUCAGAGAGGAGGAAAUCACCCUGUACCCGGACAAACAUGGCUGCGUGCGGGACCUGCUGGAGGAAUGUAAAAAGGCCGUGGAGUUGUCUGAAAAAGGUUCUGAGAAGCUCAGGCUCUUAGAGAUAGUAAGCUAUAAAAUCAUCGGGGUUCAUCAGGAGGACGAGCUGCUAGAAUGUUUAUCUCCUGCUGCCAGCCGCACCUUCAGAAUAGAGGAGAUUCCUCUGGACCAGGUGGACUUGGACAAAGACAGUGAGAUGUUGAUUCCUGUCGCUCAUUUCCAUAAAGAAGUGUUUGGCACCUUCGGGAUUCCCUUCCUCCUGAAGAUCCGACAGGGUGAGUCAUUUCGGGAGGUGAUGAGGAGGAUCCAGAGCAUGUUGGACAUUCAGGAGAAGGAGUUUGAGAAGUUCAAGUUUGCCAUAGUGAUGAUGGGGCGGCAUCAGUACAUCACUGAAGACGAGUACGAGGUCAACCUGAAGGACUUUGAACCACAGCCAGGUAACAUGUCUCACCCGCGGCCCUGGCUCGGCCUGGACCACUUCAACAAAGCUCCAAAGAGAGGUCGCUACACCUACCUGGAGAAAGCAAUCAAGAUCCACAACUAGAGCCGCCUCCUCCUGCGCCUCCUCCUGCUCCUCCUGCUCCUCCUGCUCCUCCUGACCCACGUUAACCAACCAUAACCACAGACUGUAACCCACCAUGUGUGUGCGUGUGUGUGUGUGUGUGAGAGGUUGUGUGUUGCUCGUAUGUGUGUGUUCAUCACUCUAACAAACUCCUGGACACCCCCCCCUCCCCCUUUCCUCCCUCCUCCUCCCCCCUCCCUCCCCCAUCUGACGGAUUCUCCUCCAACCACCAAAUAAACUGCACCAACCACCUCCCUCCCGACUCUCUGUUCUGUUUUAGUUUUUAUUUUUUAACCCGUUUCCUGUCUGAGAGGAACAUGAAUUUUUUUAAGGGACGGUUCAUUUUAUUCACGGCAACUAAAAUGAACUCGACGCUUGACUCUGGUUUUUGUUUUUUUUCCGCGGGUUGUUUUAAAUAAAGAGUUUGAUGAUGAUGAUGAUGGUGAUGAAGGAUGUUUGAGGAAGAGGCCGGUGUCGUUCUGUUUUCUGCUCCCAUCCUUUAGCGCAACACAAACCAGUAUUUCCACGUUUACAGUUCCUUCUAGUUUCGGUCGGAGGAAGGAGGAGGAGUUCAUUCUUCUUCUUUGUUUUUUUUUUGUCUUUUUUUUCUUCAGAUCUUGUAAAAUAAAAUAAAAAUUCAUCUGUUUAAAAGUAAAACAAGGAGGUUUGUCUGACAGGUUUCCUCAACACACACACACACACACACACACUCUUCAUGCCCCGCCCCCUCUGCUCCUGGGUGGGUGGAGUCUGUCGCCUCCUGGUGGUUGGGAGCAGGAACUGCAGCUUCCUUCCUUCUUUCCCACCUCCCUCCUUCCUUCCCUCCCCCUCCCUUGCUUUCUUCUCUCCUCCCUUCCUCCCCCUCCCUCCUUCUGUCGCCUCCUGGUGGUUGGGAGCAGUAACUGCAGGUCUGAGGCUUUUGUGCAGACAGAAACCAGCAUUGUAAGAAACACUUUUACGCCGUGGGAGUUUGUUUUGAAGCACAGAUCGGAUUCACCCCCCUCAUAGCGCAUAGCCGGCUCUGUAAAGACAACAUUUAAGAAGAAUUGUAUAUUUAAAAAAAUAUGAACGUGUAAAAUUUAAGAGAAACACGCCUUUGUUGUUGGUACAGAAGGAGCCAGGUGUUCAUACUUCUUGUGUGUAGGGUUUUUUUUUGUUUUUUUUUCCUGAUGUACCAUUGAUUAUUUUUCCUCUUUUUUUCUUUUCUGUUAUAUUUGGGUUUUUCUUUCCAGGACUAAACUAACUGCACCGGGUUUGUCUUGUUGAAACGUGCAGAACGAAGAUGACCUGCAGAAUCGCUCCGUAAUCUGACCUUUUCCAAGUUUAAAUCCUCCGUGUAGCAGCAGUGUACGACAACUAUUCCUGUAUAUUGCCUUUUUGCUGGAAAAUGUAUGUUGAAUAAAAUUUUCUAUAAAAACAAAAAA